AUGGAAACUCUCCUUCUGGUCACGGCCAUCUUGACAGGAGCUGUUGGUCUCCCAGUCUCUCAAGACCAAGAUUGAGAAAAACGAAGUAUCAGCGACAGCGAUGAAUUUGCUCCACAGUUUUAUCUGCCCCCUUACCAAUAUCCAUUUGGCCAAUAUCCACCAAUCCUAAGCCAAGCAUAUCCAGGCUACAGAUUUUACUUAGUUCCUUUCCCAUCUCCUCAGUUUAGAGUUGUAGCUUCCCCUCCCAUUGGAAAGUAA